AUGCCCCGACAAUUGCCGUGGAAAGUCGGAGCCGCGGCAACUAAGCAGACACCGUCUCGCCCCAAAGCUGCAGCGAGCCCAGCCCCAUCCGCCGGCCGCAGUCCAGCGCCGUCACACCGUCCUACUCCAAGGCCCAAAGCAGAGUCGACUCCGGAGCCGAGCAGGAGGGCCAGACGCAGCCUGGCACUCAGUUCGGGUAUUUACUCACCCACUGCCGACCACGUCACAACGCUGACGAGCGAGCCAGCCCGAUCACCGUCCACCUCGCCGCCACCCGAGCCACCAAAGGAGGAGUUCAUGAUAGAGGGCGUCGACCAUGACGACAAGUAUCGCAUGGUUGAAGACGAGUUUCUCGCGGUGGCGGGCGAGUUCACGCGGCACCUCCACGCCGCAGAGUAUCAGCGCCUCCGGGGUCUGGCCAAGUCCCAGAAUGCUGAGACCAUCCAGAACAUAUCGAGACCCGUGACGGGCGAGAUGACAGACCUCGUAAAAAGGCGACAUGCCGCCCUCGACGCCGCCUCCAAGCAGCGCAAGGGCAUCGCAAGCACCCUGGGCAAGCGAGCCAAGAACGAGGAGGAGGGCUCGACGCGGCGUGCAUUGACUUCACUGCAGGGCUUGAUGGACAGUCCGAGAAAGCAGGCUGCUCCCUUGUCAUUGACGACGGGAAGUCGGCCCGGGACCAGUUCUCGGGACGCGAUGGAUGCUAGCCCGUCUAGGAGGCGGCAUGAGGUUAAAGGACUGCUGCGCACCAGCAGCUCGCUCGUAUCGGAUGGAAAAUAUGGAGGCCAAGCAGUCAGGUUUAAGCGAGAGCCCACACCUGACUCUGACGAUGGCGACGAUGACCUCGACAACCAACCUUCUUGGAGACCGAAAUCCGGUGUACGGCAUCCGGACCAAGCUACGGAAACAUCUGCUCCACGGUCAGCUGUCGCAACACCACCGAUCAGAUCGAAGUCAGAGCCCAGCGCGCCAAAUAAUCCACUCAGGGCCGCCGGCGCUGCUCCAAGACAAGCGCUAGCUCACGGCGCUCCUAGGAGCGAAGCUACUGACGCACCCAACGAUGGCGACGACGACUUCUUCUCCAGACUACGUGCCCGAAGAACGGAGCAAAAGCGGCGGCGCGAGACCAAAGCUCAGGAACGCAACAUCAAGUCAGAGACCCAAACACCGCUAGACGAAAUCCCCUUGAUAUAG